AUGUCAGAGGGUAAUUCAGUUGCUGUGAUUGGCUCUGGGUUGGUCGGUUGCUUCGCUGCAUUGGCUUUGCAGAGAAAAGGUUACAACGUAUCCCUUUUCGACUAUAGAGAAGACCCACGUGAGAAGCCAAAUAAUGAGGGAAACUUGCGUUCCAUCAAUUUGGUGGUUUCUGCAAGAGGAAUUGAAGCUUUGACAGAAUUGACUCCUGAUAUUUUGGAACCAGUGCUCCAAGACAGUUGUGAAUUAGAGGGUCGUAUGAUUCAUAAGAUGAAUGGAAGCCAGGAGCGCCAAAUUUAUGGAUUAUUUGGUGAAACACUUCAGGCUGUUGACCGGUUUAAGUUGAAUAACAGGUUAUUGGAUGAAAUCACCAAAGUUGACGACAUUAAGGUGUAUUUUCAGCACAAGCUAAGGAAGUUAGACUUGUACGGUGAGAAAGUAAUUGGUGUUUUUGAAACUGAGGACGACAAUAUCGUUGAGUAUGAGUUUGAUUUUGCUCUAGGAUGCGACGGUGCGUACUCUACUUCGCGUUCGCAGCUCCAGCGCUACACCAGGAUGGAUUAUGCUCAAGAUUACAUGGACUGCUUUUACGUGCAUCUAUCUAUCCCUCCUGCCGAUGAAAAAGGAACUCCUAAAAUCACGCCUAAUUACUUACAUAUUUGGCCAAGAACUGAUCAUAUGCUUAUUGCGAUUGUCAACCCAGAUGGUUCGUUUACUUCCACCUUUUUCGGACCCUGGAGAUUGGCUUCUGAAUUGAACUCUCGCGAAAAAAUAAAAUCCUUUUUAAUGGACAAUUUCCCGGAUGCUAUGGAGCUCAUGGGUAUUGAGAAUGCUCUCGAUGCAUUCGAAAACAAUAUAAAAGGUGCGUUAAUGUGUGUGCAAUGCCACCCAUACCACAGCCCUGACGGAAAGAUGAUCAUCCUAGGAGAUGCUGCGCAUUCCAUGGUGCCAUUCUAUGGCCAAGGUAUGAAUUGUGGGUUUGAAGACGUUAGAAUUCUCUUGCAGCUCUUGGAAAAACACGAAUUUAACAGGGUGGCUGCUUUUGAAGAAUACUCUGCAACAAGACACAAGGAUUUGGUUGCCAUCACCCAACUUGCAAAGGACAAUUACUAUGAAAUGUCACAUAACGUGGCUACAAAACUGCACAUGUUCAAAAUGAAGCUAAAUUGGGUUUUGGGAAAAGUUCUAAGAGAUGGGUGGUUACCACUGUACACAAUGGUUUCAUUCCGGGCAGAAAUUCCCUAUCAUAAGGCAAUUGCCAUUAACCGCAGACAGAACCUGAUUUUGAAAUUUGUACAGACCUUGCUUGUUCCAAUCAUCGCAUUUGGUGGUUACAAAUCAUUUGUAGGUAUCUAUGGGUUGGUCAAAAAAAUAUCUAAGCAAUAG